CUUCAGCACCGGGUUGUGUCUCUUCCUCCUUGCCAGGAAAAAAAGGUUGCUAACGAGGGUCUGCAAAUCUUCGGUGACUCUCCGGUGUGCAUGUUCCCAUUCGCAGCGCAUAUAUGCAUUUGGCCAUUCCAGCCAGAUAAAAAAGAGAUUGGAUAUUUAAAAGAAGCACAUGACUUGGAUACUUGUGAGAGAAGCGCUGUGCCCGCAGCUGCGUAAGAGUUGAACCCUUCCACUUCUGAGCAUGAGGUCAGCCCAACUUAACUACAGCGCCAGGCGGCACCUGUGUUCUCUCUGCCGCCUGGUUCUCCAGGCUCAGCAGAAGAGCCAUGAUGGAUGUGGAGGCUGCCGAUCUUUCUCUCAAGCAAGUACGACUGACUCGCAUGGUCAGGUGGGAAGAAUGGCCCAUCUAAAAAAUAGGACAGAGAAGCAGAAGAGGCAGCGGAAGAGGAUGGAGUCCAUCGAAGCCCAGCUGGCUGCUGGGCUAAAGGAGGAACCUCCAAGCCAAGGGAAGGGGAGAACUCCGAAAAGCACACUUCUGUACAACACCCCGACUGAACCAGGGCAAAAGAAAGAUACCUCAGGGCCGCUGCCUGCCUCUUAUAGCCCACGCUAUGUUGAAGCUGCUUGGUACGCUUGGUGGGUGAAGGAGGGAUUUUUUAAGCCAGAGUACCAGCAACAUUUACCGCAUCGGAAGCAAGAAAUCUUUUCUCUCUCUAUUCCUCCACCUAAUGUCACCGGGUCCUUGCACCUGGGCCAUGCCUUGACGGUUGCCAUUGAAGAUGCUUUGGUACGGUGGAAGAGGAUGCAAGGCUAUAAGGUUCUGUGGGUCCCGGGUUCAGAUCAUGCUGGAAUUGCCACGCAGGCCGUGGUGGAAAAAAAGAUCUGGAAGGAACGGCAUGCCCUGCGACAGGACCUCACACGAGAGGAAUUCUUCCAAGAAGUCUGGAAAUGGAAAGAGGAAAAGGGAAAUGAAAUAUUCCAACAAUUGAAGGUGAUGGGUGCCUCCUUAGACUGGGACCGUGUCUGUUUCACCAUGGACCAUGGCUUUUCCCAGGCGGUGACCGAGGCGUUUGUGCGAUUGCACGAGCAAGGCCUGGUGUAUCGGGACAAGCGUUUAGUAAACUGGUCGUGUGCCUUGCGGUCGGCCAUUUCUGACAUUGAGGUGGAGAACAGGCAGCUCGGGGGACGGACGGAGCUCUUGGUGCCUGGAGUCCCGGGCAAAGUACCCUUUGGGGUUUUGGAGACCUUUGCCUACAAGGUGGAUGGAGAGGAAGGCGAGGAGCUUCCUGUCGCCACAACCCGCCCAGAGACCAUGUUGGGAGAUGUGGCUGUCGCUGUUCAUCCAGAGGACCCACGUUACACACACCUCCAUGGAAAGAGACUCCGCCACCCUUUCACUGGACGCCUCCUUCCUGUCAUCACUGAUCCUUUGGUAGAACGGGGGAUGGGCACAGGAGCUGUGAAGGUGACCCCAGGGCACAGCCAUGUGGACUAUGAAAUGGCUCGCGGGCAUGGCCUGCCGUGCAUUUCAGUGAUUGAAGAAGAUGGAACAAUGGCAUCCGAGUGUGGGGAGUGGCUCCAGGGGCUGAAUAGGUUUGUGGCUCGAGAGAAGGUGCUGGCUGCCUUGAAGGAGAGAGGUCUCCAUCAGGGUUCAAAGGAACAUCCCAUGGUUCUCCCUCUUUGCAGCCGCUCUGGGGAUGUGGUUGAAACCCUCUUGAAGCACCAGUGGUUUGUCCGAUGUGAAGCGAUGGGUCGUGCAGCCUUGGAGGCCAUGGAAUCCGGACACUUGAAAUUCACUCCGAAAUUUCAUGAGAAAACUUGGAGGACUUGGCUGUUGAAUACGAGUGACUGGUGCAUUUCUCGUCAGCUGUGGUGGGGCCAUCAAAUUCCAGCCUAUCGAGUCACGAUAUCUGGGUCACCUGUCGUAGGGAAGCUGGAGGAGAGCGAUGGAUUCUGGGUCGUGGGUAGAACAGAAACUGAAGCUCUAAGGAAAGCAGCAGGAAUGCUGGGGAAAUCGGAAGAGUCCCUGGAGCUAGUGAGAGAUGUUGACGUCUUAGACACUUGGUUCUCCUCUGGCAUCUUUCCUUUUGCUGCCUUGGGCUGGCCCUGGGAGACAGGAGACCUCAAGCAGUUCUAUCCCAACAGCCUCCUGGAGACAGGAAGUGACCUUCUCUUCUUCUGGGUAGCCCGGAUGGUGAUGCUGGGGAAACAGCUAACUGGAGAGUUACCUUUCUCUCAGGUAUUCCUUCAUACAAUGGUUCGUGAUGCUCAUGGCAGGAAAAUGAGUAAAUCCCUUGGGAAUGUUAUUGAUCCCCUGGAUGUUAUUCAUGGGGCCCCUUUGCAGGUCCUACAGGAGAAGCUUCAAAAUAGCAAUUUGGAUCCCAAAGAGAUUGUCAUUGCUAUGAAAGGCCAGCGGCAAGAUUUCCCUCAAGGAAUCCCUGAAUAUGGCACAGAUGCUCUCAGGUUUGCCCUCUGCUCUUACUCUGCACAAGGCAAAGGUAUUAACUUGGAUGUGGUCACUGUGGAGAACGCCAGUCGCUUCUGCAACAAGGUAUGGAAUGCCCUGAAGUUCACUUUGGCCGCCUUGGGAGAUGGAUUUGUCCCACUGGAACCAGAGAAGGUCUUCCCUCACACCCCGUUGGAGAAGUGGAUCCUCAGCAGACUCUACCACACAGCAGAAGAUGCCGCCCGCUGGUUUGAGGAGUACGAGCUCCAUUCCAUUGCCUCUUCGGUCCGUCUUUUCUGGCUGCAUGAUUUUUGCGGUGUCUACUUGGAAUGCACUAAAUCUGUACUGAGGAGUGAGGACGUGGCUCAGAUCCUGUCCACCCGCCAGACCUUGUACAGCUGUGCAGACCUGGCUCUGCGCCUCCUGUCUCCUUUCAUGCCAUUCUUGACGGAGGAGCUCUGGCAGCGCCUCCCCAGGAGAGACCCCCACGCUCCUCCCAGCAUCUCUGUGGCCAGAUACCCGAGCAAAGAUCACCUGGCUCACUGGUAUCAUCCUGAGGAAGAGGCUAACUUUGCAUUGGUACAGGACGUCAUCACAGCCGUGCGCCUCCUGAGAGAAACCUACCAGCUCGGUAAAGCUAAGCCAGCAGUGUAUGUGGUCUGUCCGGAGGCAGCUCCUCGUGGGGUGUACGAGAACUAUCAAGAAGCCUUGAAGACUUUAUCCUUGGCUGGAUCUCUGAAUUUGCUGCCUGGUCUUGAGGGCGCAGAGCCGCCGGGAAGCUGUGUCAUUAAGAGGGCAAAUGAUCACACUGACAUCUAUGUGGAUCUGCAGGGGUUGGUUAACCCCCAAACGGAGCUCCUCAGAUUGACAUCUCGGCAACAGAAACUGGAUCAGCAGCUGUCAGACCUCACAGAACGAGUAGAAAGGGCCGGAUACCAGGAGCAGGUCUCCCCAAAAGCCAAAGCAGUUCAUCAGCAAAAGAUUUCCUGGCUUCGCUCAGAGUUGGAACAGAUCAGAUAGGUCGUAUCCACCUUCCAGAAGAUGACUAGGCUAUAAGGGUUGCCUCCUCGUAGGACUACAUGAUGAGAUUUGGUGGAAUUAACCUUGUACCCGAUGGAUGGAUGAACGACAAGACGGAAAAGUGCCAACCCUGGGGAGGAAAUUGGAAAGUUCUUGCAAGUCUGUGCUGCGAAACCUUUGUGACAGAAUUCAUGUCAGCCUCAGUGGACUUGCCUCUGUUGGGACCCUAGAGGCCAGCAGCUGAAUCCCAGAAGCAUCCCCGGGCUGAUGUUAAGAGUUUUCCCAGAAGGGAAAGCUUGGAGAUCUUAUUCUGAUGGCUGAAAGACUAGAAAUCGUAGAACAAAAAAGACUAUGCAAGGGGAGCUCCAUAUAGAAACACACACACACACACACACACACGCGAUUUCAUGUUGCAUUGACAGAAAAGGCUACUCCAGUGGCUAAGGCAGGUGCCAGCUCUCUGCCUCAGCAGAACAGGUAAGGGAAUUCUUGAACAUGACAUAGAGCUCCACUGAAGAACCUGGGUCUUUUAUUAUUAUUUUUAUUUUAUUUUUUGCCAUUCUUGUUUGAUAUCUUUCAACCAGAUAUGCCAAGGACCGGAUGUAAAGAUUGUUUUUUUCUGGCCAGUCUCUGUGAAAAGCUGAUGGAGGGAACAUACUGGUAUCUCAUGUGGAAUUAAUAGCUGCCAUCACUUCCCGCUCUAUAUACCACAGAUGAUAUUAAAUUCUCUUGGGGUCUCUGUCAUCUUACGUUGAUCUAACAGUAAACAAAAGAAACUUUCAACAGGACCCCAAGCCUAGUAGCUGGCUUUCUCCCUUUCUUAGCUGGCCGGUUGUGGAAAGGAAGGCAGGAGAGACAAAAGAAUCUCCUGUGGCCAAUAUAUCAGGCAAAAACAAAAGAAAUAAAAAAUAUUGUGUCCCCUUAAAGACUAACUGCUAUAUUUCAGUGUGA